UCAGAGAGCGAGAAAACGGUGGUCCAGCUGAAAAAAAAGAACACAGCCUACUUCACCUUCCAACUUCCAACGACAUCAACAUGUUGCAGCAUUCUCGAAGGGCCUUAUCCAAUAUUGCCGCUGGAUCUGAGGUUUCGACGAGCACCGAGGAGCUGAAGAUCGAUCUUCUGAAUCUCCUUACAAGCGCUUUCGUUGACUUGUUCGCGAUUUACUUCGCCUCCUAUGCGUCACUCAGGGUCUGGAAAGCUUUCGAGGCUUACGAUGCCAAUCAUCAUGUUGGAACGCCCAUGAAGCGCUGCAAAUUCUGGGCACCCUUGGUUUUCUCGCUAGUUGGCCUCGUAUUUUGGUUUGGAAUGUGGUAUUCUGCCGCUGCCGACCUCGAAACUCUUAGCGUCUGGAUGGUUGGAGCUUCUGUCGCUAUUUUUGCUACUGUUGGGAUUUCUGCUCCUCUUUUGGCUGUGUUCACUGAUGCUGAAGUGCACCGCGUUGUUGGGAAGGGCUGGAUCUUCCCUGUCAUCCGUCGGGUCAAGGAGCACAAAAGGCAUGCUUGCCGCAUCGUGGGUUUAUCCGCCGUUCUCGGCGUAUGUGCAGCCGUAUCGUUCCAUCACUCUAUCCUCAGCUUUGCUGUCGGCGGAGUUGUGUAUGCUUUCGUCGUUCAGCCUAGCUUGAUCUCUCCUCGAGGCUGGAUGUCCAUUCGUGGGAUGAUCAUUUUCAUAUAUGCCACAGUGCUCCUCUGCCUUUCUUUCACCGCAGUGGUCGUAUUCAGCGUGACGACCAAGGAAGAAUCUGGUCAAGAAAGUGUGUUCGUUCCAAUAGCUGAGAAGACGUUCCCAUUCAGUCGUCUCGUCGGGCACCUUAUGAAUGGAUAUGUUGGUGUUCUCGCUGCGUUGAUUCUUCGCUAUGAAUAUACUUUGUCUCCUGACCGUGUGCUGGUGGAGAACCCCGAUCUCGAUUCAAACACUAAUGUUGCAACCCCCGAGAAGCGACUCAAGACGGAUACCCCUGCGGCUGAGGUAGCCCGACCUACCGUGCGCGUUCCUCGUGCUAUCUCUUCCUUCUCAGCACCUUUGUUCCACAUGACCCUCAUUGCGUAUUUCCUUGUCCACGUACCCGCUCUCAUCCUCGCCACUCCAUUCUUCCAGUACCUUUGGAAAGCCACGUCACCGCCUACCAUCCACCAUUCUUCUUCGUUCUCAUGGUCGAAAUGCCUCCUCAGGUCUACGUUCCCCUCUUCGUUCCUACGGUUGUCGUCAUUGCAGCUCUCGUUAGGAAAGACGGAUGUGUACUGUGGAGGCAUGCUGAGAGGUGGGUUCUGCCCGUCCCUGAAAAAGCGGGCGUUGAAGGGGGUAAGGCUGGUGCGGCAGUCGAAACUGCUCCACUCCUUGCCUAGUUUUUUUUUUUUUUUUUUUUCACCUGGCUUCGAGAUCUCGGACAGAAAUCAGGAGUUACUAUCUUUGUGUUUGGUUUUGAUUGUCUCACUGAUACGACAAAGUACUGCUGUCAUUAUAAGUCUAUGACCACCGUCCUUGACAGCCCAAGUUCUACAAGUGGAGAAGUCAUUCUGAAGAAGAAACUCGGAGGGAUGUGCAUCGUCCAUAACCCAAGGGGCAAAUAUGAAAGCUGCAAGGCAGAAGAAUGGGCACAUGAGUUGAUUGUUUACUUGGCCCGUGUAGAGGAAGCCAGCA